AUGGGUACGCUAAAUUAGCGGCAGGCCGGACCUGAACGAAGGGGCCACAGGGCACACUACCGUAAGCGCUUGUCCUGUUGCAGCGAGCACAUGCAUAGACACUAGAAAAGAAAGAAAAUAGCAGGGACCUUAACUUGCAGCACAAGCUCAUGCUGAUGCUCCACAUCGGGCUUUCCGGCAGUCGCCCGCCAAUGCCGCCGACAAUUCCACCGUUGAAAGGGGACCCGGCCCAUGGCGAUGGGAUAUGGUGUUUAAAAUUUCCGUAUCGCUAAUAGCAGCAGAUCGUCUAGUAGCGUCAGCAUGAAAGUGGAGAGAGGCGGCAGAGAAGAAGUGAAGAAGUUUCCUGCGAUCGGAUUACAUCCCACUUGUAUAUAAGACUAUCCAUCCUCCUCGCUUCAUCAUGUCUUUCUUUUCGUAGCAUCCGCCUCCUUCUAUCCUCUACUUUAAUAUCCUCUCUUCUUCUUUUCCUUCUUCAUACCCACACAAUUCCACAAAGAUGAAGACUGCCACUUACUUGGCCGUCGCCGCUCUUGCUGGCGCCGCCAUGGCUGCUCCCUCCACCGAGGCCAACGCCGCCUGCAUCCCUCAGCACGAUGUCAACCCCAAGGACCGCGCUGCUGGUGUCGCUGCCCGCGAUGCCGGCUUCAUCUACGGCCCUUCGCUCAUUGGCGAGGCUGCUCCUUUCCCCAACGGCACCCUUGGCAACGCCCGCUCCAAGGCCGACUACGACGACUGGAGCGUCGAUCGCAAGGAGAUUGAUCGCCGCAUCGGCCUCGAUCUACAGGCCCUCCAGGCUGCUGUCCAGGCCAACGGCGGCCUCAAGACCUGGAAGGACUACGAGACCGUCCUCUACGAUGGCCAGCUCAAGAACGCCAACCCCCGCGGCGUCACCCCCGGCAUGAUUGGCAACGCUACCCAGGAUCUCCUCUUCUCCAUGGAGCGUCUUAGCGAGCAUCCCUAUGCUGUUCAGCGCGUUCUGCCCAAGCAGGCCCUCCCCUUCCCCCUCGACAACAAGCUCACUGCCCAGAUCGUUGGCAAGGGUGUCACUCUCGAGUCGCUCCGUGACAGCAACAAGCUCUUCGUCGUCGACCACUCCUACCAGACCAACUACAAGGUCGCCACCGUUGUCCAGCGCUACCCCGUUGCCUGCAGUGCCUACUUCUACAUCCACCCCAAGACUGGCGACUUCCUCCCUCUUGCCAUCCGCACCAACGUCGACAUGGACCUCACUUACACUCCUCUCGACUCCGCCAACGACUGGCUCCUCGCCAAGAUGAUGUUCAACGCGAACGACAUGUUCCACGCCCAGAUGCUUCACCUUGUCAUCUCCCACGAUGUCACCGAGGCUGUCCACCAGGCUGCCCUCCACACCCUCGCCGAGAACCACCCCAUCAUGAUCCUCCUCGAGCGCCUCAUGGUCCAGGGCUACUCUUCCCGCAUUGUUGGUGAGGAGCUCUGCUUCAACGAGGGUGGUCACUGGGACCAGCUCAUGGCUUACAACCAGUUUGGCUGCCGCGACUUUGUCUCUGAGCGCUGGUUCUCCGAUGGCCGCUUUCAGGCUGGCUACCUCGAGAACGACCUCAAGGCCCGUGGUCUCAUUGACGACAAGGGCAAGUCUCUCUUCAAGUCUUUCCCCUUCUACGAUGAUGCUAAGGAGAUCCGUGACAACUACAAGGCCUUCUUCACCACCGUUGUCAACUCCUACUACAAGACUGAGAAGGAUCUCUCUGACGACAAGGAGGUCCGCAACUGGUUCAUUGAGGCCAACAUGAAGGCCAAGUCCCAGGACUUCCCCCAGGAGGAGAACCUUUCCAAGAAGACUCUCAUUGAUGUUCUCGCCCACUUUGCCUUUGCUACCUCUGUCUCUCACCACAGCACCAACGGUGGUGCCCCCAUCUCUUCCGGCACUCUCCCCUUCCACAUCCCCGCCAUCUACACUCCCAUCCCCAAGGAGAAGGGUGUCAAGGACCUGAUGCCUUACCUCCCCGACGUCAAGACUGCUCUCCACUACCUCGGCUUCAUGUCCUCCUUCAACCGCCCUUUCUACGGUGACGACGGCCGCACCCUCGAGGAUGCCUUUGCCUCCGCUAAGGCCAUCGACCGCCUCAACCCCGAGACCAAGAACGCCGCCAAGACCUUCUUGACCAGCAUGCACAAGCUCUCUGACAAAAUCCGCGCUCGCAAGUUUGACAACAAGGGUCUCAGCCAGGGCAUGCCUUUCAUCUACCGCACCCUCGACCCUGCCUACAUUCCUUUCUUCUGCGCCGUCUAAGCCAGCGGACAGAAGUUGGUGAAUAAUACAUGCAAUGUACUAAAGAAAAAAACGAUUAGAAUGAAACGUAAUGGGACCGGCGCAUAUUUAGACAGGC